AUGAUUGCAACUUAUCAGGGUGUGGGUGAGCUGCGGGCGAUCGCAGGACACCUGAAAAGUAUGAGCGAGACACAACGAGCCGAGCUGGCGCUCGCAGGAGGAGCAGCCUUCGCGGAGAAUAUCUAUGUGAUGCUGAAAUCGAAGAUCGAAAAGUCGGACCCCGAGCUCGACUGGUUCUUCGUGUAUCAUCCGGACACAGACUGGACAUAUCAUUUCGAGGAGAAGCUGCGGACCAAGGGCCUUUUGGGUCGGAAUUUUAUUGGCAUUGUGCAUGAUCUCGAUGCCCUGGUCGCCUUCAUGUCGUCCGUCAGAGAUGUUUAUGGCACCCGACACCCACGCCGGAGACCUCCUUUCUUCCACUUGGUUAUUCCGGCUUACGAGCCAAUUGUCAUUCCUACACCACUGCUUAUCCCGGAGAAGCUUCAUCCAUUCCGGAUUGAGGGCGACAUCCAUCGUGGAACGUAUCUGGUGUGGAUGAAUCUACCGGGUGUGGACGAGAAAGCCGUUCAGAAUAUCGGUGUGUUUCAACCACCGCGGUCGAUAUGGGACAACAUCAUGGUGCAAGUCGGCCUCGUCCAAGCCCCACCUCCCCGUUUCCUCGGCGCCAGUGCCCAAAAGAUAGAACAACCCCAGGUUCCUCAGCUUCCAGAGCCAACUCCCGUUGCAGCUAUCACAGCGCCCGAGCCAGAAAAAGGCGAGAUAACGUCGCUGAAAGCCAGUCGUGGGUCGAUGCGCCGUGCACAAACGUACCAGGACAGCGAGGCGGGAUCGACGAACAGUUCCCGAUCGCAUUCUCACCGAAAACGCAGGCGACAUCGGUCGAAUAGUAGGGUGUGUCAAAGUUUGAAUAAUGUACUAAAAUCUUAG